AUGGCGACAGAGGAACCGCAGUUGGGAUCGAUACAGCAGCGAAUUGCUGCGCUGAAGCAAGCGCAGGCUGGCGACGCUGAGCCGCAGUUUAUCCGUCCCGUCACUGAGCGGAGUAAAACCGCCAACAAUCCCCCAUCUUAUCAGGUCUCUGGCUCCGUACUGGACGGUGCCUCCAUUGGAAACAAGCCUGCAGAGCCUACAGUACGUCGACCAGCGCCAACGAUCCCUUCGAAGCCAACACCGACGCCGUCACCAAAGCCUAAAGCCCCUCCUCCACUGCCAACACGCAGAGCAGAUCGCCAACCACCUCCUCCACCCGCGAACCCCCCUUCUCGCCCCAGCCUACCUGCGCGCAGACCGACCGAAGACUCCACGCGCAGACCCUCUGUUGAAUCCAUUACCUCCGAUGCAUCAUACUCGACCGCAAAUACAACAGUGGGGAGCGUAGGGCGCGGCGCUUCGACGACCUCUGUGAACUCCAUUGGGAAUGGCCGACUCAAGGCACCGGCAUGGGGCGCCGAGCUACCCGUACUGCCUCCCAAGCGCCCAAAGGAAGACCCAAUUGAUAUCCAGCCCCCAUCGCGCUCUGAAUCGAAACCAAGCGGCGGAAUCACUAGUGGUCUAACAUCCAAACUCCAGUCUCUUCGAGGCAAGGCUUCUUCAUCCUCCCUCUCUUCGAACGCGCCUGCACGGCCUGCACGGCCUGCCUUUUCUACACGGCCAUCCCAAGAAGACGAUUUACAAAGCGAAACGCCUCCGCCACAGCCGGCGCGCCCUAAAUUACCUACGCGACCGUCGCAGGGGGACGGACGCCCGAGCUUGCCUACGCGGCCAUCGCAGCAGAGUAUUUCCCACGACGCAACACCGCCCGCGCCAGUGCCUAGGCUGCCCCCGCGGCGACCCAGCGGGUUUGGAGCGCCAUCGAACGGGACGAAUGGCCAGUCCAAUGAUGCAGACAAUGAAGCGCCUCCGCGUCUCCCAGCUCGCAGAUUACCGCCACCGCCAACUGCCGCAGAACUGGAUGGGAUUCGGAAGAGUGGCUUCGGAGACCUCAAAAAGCCUCCAAGCAUGCCUGCUCGGCCCAGCAGCACCCCAGCUCAGAUCGAGGAACAAGACGGCGGCCCAAAUGGCGGGCCACCUCCAGUCCCUCAUGGAUCGCGCCCCGAUCUUGCUAAACUGCAAGCAACAAAGCCUCGCUCGCAUGCCUGGAUGGGGGCAAGCCCGCCGGCUGCUUCCUCAGGCACAGAGUGUAUGGGAUGCCGGGAUUUCUCGGCCCCUGAUAACCGGGGAGCACAAUAUCCCCGUGCUUCUCUCCCUACUCAUGAUAUGGGAUGGCUAGCAAACGAGUUGACCGCUCCGUUCCCUUCUCCAACCGACAAAGCAAGAGCCAUCUUCUCCUGGUUGCAUCAUAAUAUUCAUUAUGAUGUUGUUUCAUUCUUCAAUAAUAAUGUCAAACCAUCCACACCCGCCAAUACUCUUGCUACGGGGUUGGCAGUUUGCGAAGGAUACGCAGGACUAUUCGCCGCACUUGCCAAUAAAGCUGGCCUUGAGGCAAUCGUGAUCGGGGGUCAUGGGAAAGGCUACGGAUACACACCUCUGGCACCGGGUCAGCCAGUACCGCCCUUCUCGAUGGGCCAUGCUUGGAACGCGGUCAAGAUUGAUGGCGGGGAAUGGAAGCUGAUCGACGCAUGCUGGGGGGCUGGAACUGUCAGCGGAAAGGGGGAGCCCUACAAGCCUGGCUAUAACCCCUCGAUGUUCACCAUGUCAAACGACGAGUUUGGCUUGAAGCAUUUCCCCCAGAAUAAAGACCAUUUCUUCCGCGACGACGGGCGCUACACCAUCUCCUGGGAAGAAUACAUCACCACCAAUCCGGACAUGCCGACUGGUCUGCCGCCUAUUAAGAUCUACAGUGAUGUCGACAAGCACAGUAUUGGCCGCCGCACCUUCGAGCCUGCAAGUGGCAAGUUAUCCGUGUAUGGCACACCGAGUCCCGUGCGAUUCAAGUUCGGAUUGGUUUGUGAGCACUGGACUCUGGCCCAUCACAGCCGCUUGAAGCCAGCACUCUUCCUCCUCAUGAUUCAUGGCAUAGACGGUCGCAAAGACGACCAGCUUCCAUUCAGACAUGUUCCUGGCUCUGGGCCUGGUGGAGGCGGUGAAUUCUGGUAUGUCGACGUGCCUGAUGCCCAGAUGCUGGGUGCUCCGGGCCAGAAGGUGCAGCUUGCUGUGUUGACAUCGUUUGGAGACCGUAAGGAUUGUCGUGGUCUCACGGCAGAGGAGUAUGAGAGUAAGAAGGGUCGGAUUGGCAUGGCUUGGGCUUAUAUUUGCGAGUGGGAGCUGGUUCGGUAG